CGUCACCACACAACCGCAAACACCGACAUGCGCAGAAGAUCGCGGCGAAUCCGCUAUUUAAACCGUGUGGCGAGGUUGUAAGGGAACACAGUCGGCUCCUAGUGCACACGGAGAACACAGGAACUCGGCUGAUUCUGCAAGGCUUUCGAAUGGUACUGUGUGAAGCUACGUGGGUUCCCCGGUCAGCCACAGCGGCUCCAACGCGACUGAUCUCACGACCGAGAGGUGAACAGGAACGCUCCACGACCAUGACACUGACCAGUUGUAAGCGGUGUCUGCAGCAGCUCGCCGCGGUCUCCCGCCGAUCGCUCACCAACCUCUCCUACGAGGACCUCGCCAAGGAGUGUCGGGAGGACAGCGGCUGGGACUCCGAUGUCGACUCGCUGUCGUCCGGCGAGGAAGAGGAGGCGGUGGGGACGGCGAUCCACCGCGUGGUGCUCCUCGGGGGAGAGGGCGUCGGGAAGACCGAGCUCGCCCGGCAGUUCGUGGGGGCAGACGGAGGGUACGAGUCCGAUAGUGACGGCGGCGACUGCGAUGAUCCUUUCCUAGACCCUGAUACCAUGCCAGGGUACGGGCUGAGGAAUGCAUUUCAAAAAGACGUCAAAGUCGACGGAUCGGCAGCGGUGAUGUCAAUCACCGAUAUUCCCGCCACGGAACUGUACGAUUCGGACGACGAGAGUUUUCUAAACGCCGGGGACGCCUACAUCAUCGUGUACUCGUCCACGGACAGGGAGAGCUUCCGGCGGGCGGCGGACGUGGCCUUGUCCCUGAGGAGAGCGAAGAAGACCGCCCACACGCCCAUCAUCAUCGCCGCCAACAAGAGCGACCUCGAGCGAAGGCGACAAGUGUCCUCAGAAGAGGGUGUCGAGUGCGCGGUUGGUCUGGACUGCAAGUUCAUCGAAACUUCGGCUACCUUCAACCAUAACGUCGACGAGCUCUUCGAGGGUUCCGUGAGACAACUGCGGCUGCGCACUGAGGCCAGGCGACUGGCCAAUCAGCAGAGGCGACUCCGUAACAGAAUCAGAUCAGCCAGGAGGACGGAGCCAAGGAGGGAGCCCGAAAGGGAGAAAAGCUACUUUGAACGUUUUAUGGAGUUUUUGGAGAGGCUGCUCAGCAGUAAGAAGGAUAGGGUGGCAAGAAUGAAGGCGAAGUCUUGUCACAAUCUGUCUGUGUUGUAAAAAAAAAGCAGAGAGAAACGCAAGAAAAUAACUGUAAUUUUCUACUAGAUGUGAAUAAUGGUGACAAACGUGCUAGAUGCACGCACCACGUGUAAAGAGAAUUAUUCAUGUUACGAAUGCAAUUAGCGUAAAGAAUACGAAGUAGGGUCAGAAUGAAGUCAGAAAUGAGCAAUGUGUCGGCAUAAACAUAUAAGCAAUGAAUGCGUAGUGAAGGCUGUACAAACUGGAAGGAUUGGAGAUGGAAUACGAUGAAGAAUGUUCAGAUUAUCAAGUUUCUGUAGGGAUGUUGCGGAAAGAAAGAGAGCUGGUAUUUCAAGGCAGAGCUAAAAAGUGAAGAAAUGGACUUACAUGUAGGGCUGAGAUUACUUUUGUUGCAAUAUAUCGAAGAAAAGUGAAAUGCAUAGCCUAGACAUGACAAAAGACUGAAGACAAGGUCUCAACAUAUAAGCCAUUCCGAGGUAAAGACAGUCUAGCUAAACCUGUAACGAUAAAGGAAUGCGAUGUUUCAAAGAAAUAUUUUCUUCAAUUUUCUGAGAGGGAGUGCAAAUAGUCUGUGCCAGACUACACCUUUCAACCCAAGAAUCAGAAAUAUCGGGAUCUUAUCUUGUAUUGAAAAGCAUGUGCUUGAGUGGAGGCUGAAAUUAUGCAUGACAGGCGUAUAGUUGGAAACUGACGGACCGGACUGAUUACUUGCGCCACUUAGCGGCUUGUCGCCGAAUAUCUGAUUAAGAACUGGUCCCGAACUUUGUGGGAGAGCUGUUUUCUUGAAUGAGUCACACCACUUGAAAUGUUAAAUCUCAAUAUACAAUUGAAAUUUAAUUUCGAGUAAGCAUUAAUGGAAUAGUAUUUAUUGGUAUUUCUGGUAUGUUACCUCUUCGUUAUCAAUUUUGAAUUACGCGUGUAAUGUAUUAUCAUUGACAAUAUGUUAAUUUGUAGCUGGGCUACGAGUCUGUUGGUGCUCUGUUCAUGUAAACAUGUGCGUGAUAUGAGCAAAAGAACAAUGGGGAGUUAUGCCCUUUAUAUUGCAGUAACUCGACCUGAGAAUUGAUAUGCAAGAAAGCUUGGGUUUUGGAUUUUGAAUGAUUUUCUAUGUUUAUAAUGCACUUCAUAGAAUGAAAAAAAAGUUUCUACAUAAAUAA